AUGUUGCUCCCAAAUCUUUUGCAGAUACAUGCAUCAAUUCGCAAUCAACAAAAACCUAAACAAAAGCAAGUAUAUAGUACACAACAAAAUUUUGAACAAAAACUAGAGGAACCUAUUUCUGCUAAUCAAAAAGUUUUUGCAGAAAUAACGAAGGUGCUUGAAGUAGACGGUGCACGCAAAGUACCAACAAAAUUUUCUAUUAAUAAUUUAUUAGAAUAUGAAAAAUCAAAAGAAUUUCGUUCGUUAAAUGCGAAAUCUAAAUCAGCUGUUAAAUUUAGGAUUAAUGUAAUGUUAAGAGAUGAAUUGUCUAAAAAUAACAAGCUAUCACAACCUAUUAGUAUUUAUGCAGCGAGAGGAAUAAUACCUGAAUUACCAAAGGGUAUUAAAUGUUGGCCAACCGGACCAAGACUAACUGGACUUAUAAAACUGGACCAUUGGACUUACAAUUCCAGUAACUGGACUUAUAGUCCAAGUCCAGUCAAAAUAAUUGGACUUAUAAAGGUGGCCAACACUGGUCAUGAUG